GGCUGUCUCGCCCACUUCCCUUAUCCUCAUCGCACCUCUACCUGCCCUGUACGUCGUGGCCAAGAGCCAGCGCUGCCCGCUGCCUGCAGCCCUCGGCCCUUGCAUCAGCACCAAGCUGGUCCAGUGCAGCCGCUCCUUAGCUUACCGCGCACCCCCUACUUAGUUACUUUCAUAAACAAGCUCUUUCUGGUGGACCCCCCAUUCAGACUCGAGUCGAUCUUCGAGUUUUUUUCUCCGCUAGACGACUCUUGUAAUCUUUGUCACAUAUUACUGUGUCCGUUGGUUGGAUCAACCCCGAUCUACCAACUUGACCGGGAGCACGCUGCUUCACGCAGAGUCUCCACACAAGCGAGUUACCCACACUCAAACCAGUCUUGCCCGAGUAUAGAUAGGUUGACCUCACCAGCACAGGUUGAUUCUCUCGCCGAUUGCGCUUUCCCUUAAGUUGCAUACAUCGUGCGACGAUUGAGUCCCUCACUGGUUCUCCUACUUUCGCUCGUUAGGACUCUCUUUCUCGACGGUUUCUUGCGUCUGUCGCGUAACCUUUCAGAACCUCUUGCUGCUUGACUAGGCUUUCGACGUACUGAUCGCCCUGGGACCGUAUAUCUACUACUAGUCAAAUUGACUCACUUUACUGCGAUACUUAUUACUCCGAUUCAAGCGUAAUUGCACGGUCGACCUGUUUCUCUCCUUUUUAACGGCCGCACGCUACCUGACCCUUUCGUUUCUCACACGUGCCCAUAUCUACACAAUGUCGACUACCACGCUCAGCUCUAUUAUCCAACCCUCCGACACAGCCACUCUCUCACCAAUAACACCUCGUGGUGAUACUUUUGCUGCGCCCAUUCGGAACUCGCAUGUUUCGUCAGAUGACGAUGAUGAAAUCGUCUGGCCGAUGUCGUCACAAUCCAGCCCGUCUUCCACUAGCCCUGCAGCUGAGGGGCGACAUGAUAGGAUACCAGAUCCUAGCAUGACCCCUCCUGCAGUAUCUUUCCGUAACGACAUUAAUGAGAAGCUUAACGAUAAUAGUAUUAAUAAGCAUGAUACGCGGGACGUUGUUGGACAGCGCUUAGGCGACCAUUUCUUGGACGAUUUUGUUCUCGAACGUGGCGAUUGUGGUUCGAAGGUUUGGACUCCGCCACCGAGUACCCAGCGCUCGCGCAAGCGAGGACACCGCUCAACGAGGAGCGAGUCAGCGAUACCAGCACCCCAGCUCGUUGAACCUAAUACAGCGCAGCAACGUGUAGAAGGGUCCUGGGCUGACGAUGUAGAUGAUUUGGAGAAGCAGCUUAAACGCACUGUUUUAACAGAACCUCCUGUUCGUCCUCGUUCGACGCCAUCGAGUGCUCAGCCUCCUCAGAAACAAAGUUUGACCCCGCGAAAGCAGAGAUCUCCGAGGAAACAGAAGGACCUUCCGCGACAAGCAAAUAAAUCCGCGUCUGCUACAACCCCCAAGCCCCUUGAUACAAUCACUGCCGCUCAUUCGUAUCCAUCUCCUGCGGCAUCGCCCACAAGUAACAAAAUAUCUCCGACUGAAAUUUCUACGCCUUCAAAGACUAGGUCUCCGGGCAGGAAGAAAUCAAAACAAGGGAAGGGCAGGAAUUACACAAAGAAAGAUGCACCUGCACAUUACACACUCCCCACUGCACCCUCUACCGCACCCUCUACGCCUCGUGGACUUGGGACGCGGUCCAUUGUUGACGAUGUAUCGGAGUACGGAGAUGCAUUCCUUCCACCAUUGACCGUGUCCGUCCGUCAAUCCGAGACGGGCCAUUUGUUGGACGUAGCGUAUGACGAGGCAGUAAAGUUCAUGAAUGCAUUCAUCGAAAAUCCUGACUAUUACACAUCUCGCGCAUCACGCCUUACAUUCUUGCAGGCGCUUAUCGUAGAGCUCGGGCUUGUAUCUGCCACAGGCCCCGAACGCACUUUGCCUGGGAGUCUUACCGCAGCAAAGGCGUUGCUCAAGUCACACGCAUUCUUGAAUGUGAAGGACUAUCUAUCCCUUCGUGAGCAGGGCCUUGACGCGUUACGAAAUGCCAUGCGUCCGAGCCGUGGUGCACUGGUGCGUGAUUUACGCGGUAGGAGCGGUCGACGGGCGAAGCUUGGCUGGAUAAAGGAGACUGGGCUGAGUGUUCUGCUUGUCAGCUGCCAGCACUAAUUGAAUCCAGGCUUCGGGUAUAUUACUCCCGCUUCUUUGUUGUUCGCAUGAAGCGUUUCUAUUGCCAUUUCCGCAUCGUGAUGGUGAUUAGCGCGCUACGCGCUUGAUAACUUUUCCUGCCUGCUCGCGUUUCUGACUCGAUUCUUCCGUUGCCCCACAUUCUCCACUCUAAACGAGAACGAUCAUUUAUACUGUCUUUUCGGAGUAUAGCGUGUAUUUUGUUGUGCUACAAUCGUGUAUUGUAAUUUGUUCUGACUUACAUGCGAUUUUGAAUUUUC